AUGAAUGACAUGACAAGCUGCCGAGUGCUGCGUCGAAGCUCGCGCCUCCUCUCGGUAUCUAAUAACGUGGCUACUGACACGCCCAUUGACGCCGAAAAACCUGUAGACCGUGAAACCACAUCUUCCAUACUUCAAAAACGCAAACGCAGUGUCCAGGAGGCGUCGCAGGAUCAAUCAUCAGGCGUUCUGGCGCCUAAAACGUAUACGGGAAGCAAGAAAAGAAAUCUGCAAGCGCCCAAAGAACAAAUGUCAGUGUCCACGGCCAAUGACGACGACGAACUCCCGUCUAGGGUAGGCCAAUCAAAGGCAAAGAGGAUAAGAGAGCGCAAGCCUAGCCCAGUGUAUGUGAUACCCGAUGUUCAGAGGAAGGAAACGUCUUUCCGUGGUCGACUUGAGUGGGUCAAAGAUCUGGGAAGAAAAAAUGUCCAGGAUCUUUUGACUCUCAUACAAUGGAAUGAAGAUAACCACAUUCGAUUUUUUAGAGUCUCCUCAGAAAUGUUUCCUUUUGCCUCGCAUGGUGUCCAUGGCUAUUCUCUUGAAUUUUGUGCUCCAGAGCUGGCCAAAGCAGGCGAUCUUGCAAAAAAAUACGGGCACCGCCUUACAACACAUCCUGGCCAAUUUACGCAACUAGGGAGCCCUAAGCCUGCUGUCGUCGACGCUGCUAUUCGUGACUUGGCUUAUCACGCACAGAUGUUGGACCUAAUGGGUCUAGACCAGGACAGCGUCAUGAUAAUUCAUGGUGGUGGUGUUUAUGGUGAUAAACUAGCCACGCUGGAACGUUUAAAGCAAUCGAUCAAAAAUUUACCUGAUAACAUUCGCAAUCGAUUAGUACUGGAAAACGAUGAGAUGUGUUAUAAUGCCGAAGAUCUACUACCAAUCUGCGAGGAGCUGAGUAUCCCUCUAGUUUUCGAUUAUCACCACGACAAGAUAUUCCCAUCUUCCAUUCCUCCUGCUAAAAUAAUAGAAAGAGCCAACGUAAUUUGGCAGCGGCGGGGGAUAAAGCCAAAGCAACACCUAAGUGAGCAACGUCCAGGAGCUGUGACUGUUAUGGAGCGGAGAGCACACGCAGAUAGGUGCGAAAAUUUGCCCGAUGAUUUGCCCGAUGACAUGGCGUCACUACGACCCGCGAAAGCUAAUCCAACGAUGCACACCGCCGGUCGCAAGUCCAACAAACGAGCUCGCGCCAACCUCGAAAAGGAGGCUAUCGAUAAAGCGGAGGCAGAAGAGGAAAACGAAAUCGAUGACGAUUGUGUCUCCUCUCGAUCCAGUUGUGGUAGUGACUCAGAGAUGUUUAUAGAGAGGCAGAACGGCGCCGCAGGCAGAAGCACUUGA